UUUGUUUAUACACCUAAAAAAUCCUUUGUUUCCAUCGCCUUAACACCAUGAAGAGCGUCAUAAUCAUUGUAGCUCUCCUAUGCCUCGUCUCUCUUCCAAACCAUACCGUCGGAUUAACAAAGAAACCGUGGCCUAAGCCGUCCGAUCUAGCCAACAACAACAACAACAACAACUUCGGUGACUCUAAGGUUGGUUGGGCUUGCUCCUCCUCUUCAGACCCCAACGCUCCUCCUUCACCUCCCGGCUCGUUCCCUAAUAUCCCCAAAAUCCCGGGAAUACCAAACAUCCCGUUUCCCAACAUCCCGGGAAUCCCGAUGCCUAACAUCCCGGGACUCCCUAACAUUCCUGGACUUCCACGUCCUCCGUUUGAGUCUCUUCUCGUGUCGCAAUCAGGUGAGUUAGAGAAGUGUUUGUCCAAAGAUGGUUCGAAAACGAACGAAAAAUGUUUCUCGCAAAUAUUUUCGAGUUGGGCGGAGAAUGAUUUCGCAUUGGACAAAGAGUGUUGUGAGGUCAUAGUAAAUAUGAACAAGAGGUGUUACGGCCAUCUUCACAUGAUGUUUAAGAGUCAUUUCUUUGCUCCUCUUCUUCAAUACUCUUGUCACAUCAAGCAUGCCAAGAACUAAGCACAUCUACCUCAAGCAUCUCUUUUUUUUUCCUUCUUGUUUUUAGUUUUGUUAGGGUUUUGUUUUGUUUUGUCCAUUUCUCAUGGGCAUAUCUUGAUUUGUUCGUCGUUUAAUUAAUAAAAUUAUAGUUUUUAU